CUUCUCUGUUAUUUUCCAUUUCUCUCAGUUUAUUCCAAAAAUUCUCAAUCCGUAAUAUUUUUAAAUUGUCAGGUCCGGAGUGAAUGUGACAUCAUGCGGUGGCUUUUCGAUAAAGUGAAUGCAUACAUGGAAUCGAAGAAAGUGGGUCCUGAGAGCAUUAGUGAGGGGUAUGAGGCAAAUUUAGGAAGGCAAAUUUUGUCAGGGAUGAAUACUGACGAUUUAUAUUAAUUGCACGGCGGUUCAAAGGGAAAUAAUGCAUUUCUACAAAUCGGCGUUUUAUUUCUGUUUGCUAUGCUAACACAUAUCUCAUGGAUUGCUCAAUGGAGUGAAUUUUAUUGACUUUACUUACAAAAUUCCGAACUCCUCUCAUCAGAAUGGAUGACAUUCCCCGUGCAUCAGAAAUCCUGUACGUGGGUCUGUGUCAUGAGAUAGGGACAUCGACAGAAGUGACCGUCAGAAGGGACGUGGGGGACAUGGAGGAAAUGAUAAAGAAACCUGUACAGAUAUAUAGAGGACAGAGAAACAUGAGAAGUGGUAGUUAUAGGGAGGGAUUCAGGUUUGAAUCAUCGGACAUUGACACAAUGUUCUGGUAUUGUCAUCAUAAACUUAUAAACGAUAUCUCACAAGCCAGGCUUUACGACAGAACAAAAUACGACAUUAUACUGAUGGAGGACAGUGAUACACCGCCUGGGUUUGUCAAACUACAGAGUCUGAUAUCUCCACAAGACUACGAUGUCUACAUCGCAUCAUCAGCUGUUUCAGUCAAUGACAGAGUCUAUAUCUCAAGUCUACUCUGGCAACAGGAAUUGUUCAAAACAGUUGCUGCUGAUACAAAUCAUGACAGUGUCACUAAUCACGGUCCUUGUGCUAAUUCUUAUAUCGGAUCCAUGGAAUUCGAUCAAGCUCUUUGUAUUGCGGGGACACAUUGGCCUGCAUUGACAAGACCUUGGAUUGAAAGAUGUCUCGGACAUAUUUGGCCUCCUGCACCUGUGCUUGAAGAAAUUUUAAAAAAUGGAUAUCACUGUGUGCCAAUAGGAAGUAAAAUUGUUUCUAGUGAAAACCGAUUAGAGUGGAGAUUGUCGUUUUCUCAAGCCGAAUAUAGACUUGUAUCUAGCAUGAAUCAUACACAAUUUCUGGUUUACGGACUUCUGAAAAUAUUUCUAAAGGAGAUACUCAACCAUGGCGUGGAGGAACCAUUACUGUGUUCUUAUUUCCUGAAAACCACCGUCUUCUGGAUGAUACAGGGGGGAUCUGUUGAGUGGCGCCCUAACAAUUUACUGAACUGUUUCUGGAAGUGUUUCAGAUACCUCAUUCAUUGCAUUUAUCGUGGUACGUUCCCGAAUUUUUUCAUUCCACAGAACAACAUGUUUAUUAACAAAGUUGUAGGUGCUGCUCGCACAGCCUUAUUGGGACAGCUUUAUCACUACUACAAUAUGGGCGUGUCCUGUCUCUUACUCAGCCCAACCCUCAAACCGCUCUUAGAGCCAGCCAUCAGUAAUCUGACCUUCGUGAUUCCCUCUACUUCUGCUGUAGUUUUAGAUAACAACGUGAUGAGAGAGCUAUCUAGACUAGGGUUUAUAGCUCAGGAUUUAUCUCAAUAUUUCAUUUUAUUGUCAACAGUAGAGAAAUUAUCACUUUUAUCACUCUCACCGUACCAAGCAUUAACAUUACAGUAUGGUGCAACUGAGAUACUAAUUUCCACAGCCUUCAUAAUGGCAAACAGCACGCCAUACAACACAUUUAAAAAUGUGUACAAAGUAGACAGAAUUGUCUGUAACAUGUUGAAACUGGCAUCCAGGAUAGGUCCUGUGUCCCAUUCACUGUAUCUCGCCUUGUAUUACUAUAGAACAGGUAGAUAUAACGAAGUACUCCGUGUGACUUAUCUCACCAAACAAAGACUAUCACAGCCCUAUAUCAUGUAUCGCGGUACUGUAGACAGACAGAGAUACAGUGAGGCUGUAGGUAGUCUGUCCCUGUCUAGGAAAAUGAAAACAGCCUGGGUACACAAUGUGAAGUUAGGAAAUGAAAUCCAGUAUAUUGAUGAAUUAAUCUCAGAACAGGAAGCGAGUAAACAGAUCGCUAGAGAUGCCUUAUACAUCCCCCCAUUAGUGCUGACAGACAUGCUAUUGGUGUUAUCUCACUACAAACUAGGCGACAUAUCCCAGUGUCUACAGUCACUGACAAACCUACAAACCCUGCUGUUCUAUGAUGAUGGCAGAUGUAUACGGUUACAGGUCAGAGACCUGUCCUGGCAGAUACUGGGGAUCUGCCAGCAUGUUGUGGGGGACUUACACGGGGCGUUACACUCUUAUCGAGAAUCCCUUAGACAAGAAGAAUUUCACAACCUACAGACAGCUACAGAAAAUAGAAUUGCGUUUGUUGAACAUCAAUUACACAAUCAAAGUACUGGAAAUACUAAUAAGAUGUACUGCCUUCCAUGUCACUUUUAUUAAAAACAGAACACGGAUUACAGUGAGUUAACCAGUUGCAGUUUAUUUGCCACAAACAGUUCACAUAUAGGCGCGGAUCCUAAAUAGCGCGUGUGUGUCCCUGUUUUAGUGGGUAUACGUAUGUGUGUAUACGUAUGUGUGUGUGUAUAUGGUAAAAAGCUACAAUAAACAAAUCAAGUCUAUAAAUGAAAUGAAAUACAAAGUCAUAAUGAAAAAGUAAAUUAAGUUAGGUUACAUUGCUACUAUAAAAUUAGAUGCAUGUAAUUCACUACCUUAAAGUACGCACGAACUUUACACUGGUAUUUAAAUUGCAGCUCUAAAAAUUAAAGAUAUUAGAACUUGUAAAACUUACAUCGUGAUCGGCCACUGUUUUCCUAAAUUGUUGAUCGAGAGUCUUUUACAGGAAUGAAUUGUGUACGUGUAAAGCACACAUAAAUAGCCAAACUUACACAGGAGCCCGCAUUGGUUCAUAAUUAAGAUAAAUAUCAAAAUGCAGACCCUACCCAAGUUAAAUAAACAUAACGCAGCAAAUUUGACUUUAACAUAAACAGCAGAUGCGAGCUAAUGGUCAGUGCACUAAAUUCAAGCGUGAGAAUAUGAUUAUAAAAACAAUACAAACAAUGAACAAUUGAUUCAGCUAUUCCAAACCUGAUACAUUUGUCAGUGCAUAAAAAACCCCGAAUGAAAUGCAAUUAUAAAAAUUAUAAGAUGAAUGCACGACAAUACAUAAGAGUUGAACAUUCAGUACGCAAUGCAAUAUAUAUAUAAAAGCACUGAAAAGGCCACGACACUGUUGAAAGUAGGGUGUUGUUGGGUUUUCGUGCUUUUAUAUAUAUAUAUAUAUAUAUAUAUAUAUAUAUAUAUAUAUAUACAUAUAUAUACAGGCCCGUACCGAGGGGGGGGGGGGGUGCAAACGCACCCCCCUGUGAAAACCAUUAAGCACUAUUAAAGUCGGCUGUGUAAAUCAUCAAGCACUAUUAAAGUCAAAUAUUUUCUAAAAUCCCUAGCUUUUACUUCCACAGUAAGGAAUAUCACGAAAUAAAUUCAAUACAUAUUGCCUAUGCGUAAAGAAAUACGGUUAACAUCGUAUCCGGUUUCGGGUUUUUUUAAAAUGAAUUGAGUCUUGAUCAGUGGUAUGUUUUGCAGACAUUCUGGGACAAAUGCAUCGUUUCAAAGAUCGAUUUGAUCUAGCUGAGUUUUAGUGUGACUGCAGUUGUAGUACACAGGUAAUAUCAAUAAUGCUUUAAAGUAUAUCUUCAGAAGUACGAGUCGGACUCAUCACAAUUAAACUGCUUACAAAUUUAAAAAGAGUAAUGCUUUUCGGAAACGUACAAAUGUAUUGUGUUGUCUGUCAUUGCGCUAAAACUGAACUUAUUAUCAAUCAGUCACUGUACUGUGUUGUAGUUUGAAGUUUUGUUCAUCUUUCAUUACCAUUUCUGAAACAAAGUUUGAAUAAAAAUGUUAACAUAUA